UCUUUUUAUAUAAUUCAUCACUCAGCUUAGGUUUCUUUGCAAGACUCGAUUUCACGAGUAAGCUUCUUGAGCACCCACCCGCCGCAUCAAUAUUCAACAGAAUGGAUUCUCAGAUCAAGCAUGCUGUGGUAGUGAAAGUGAUGGGGAGGACUGGUUCGCGUGGUCAGGUGACUCAGGUGAGAGUGAAGUUCACGGAUUCAGACCGUUUUAUCAUGAGGAAUGUGAAAGGACCGGUGAGGGAAGGAGACAUCCUCACUCUCCUCGAGUCCGAGAGAGAAGCCAGAAGACUCCGUUGAUUCUUACAUUUUGAUGGUCAUUUAGUUUCUUUUUUUUUUGUCGAAGUAUCUGCUCUGUUUUAAUUAUUACGACAAUGUCUGGAGUCUAGAAAUGAAAUCUUGAACACAGAACAUAUGUGCUACUUUCAUUAUUUUAAUUUCUAACGCGUAUGUUCGAUGGUCAUAA